AUGGCCAGUCUUUUCGCCCGACGAGCGUGCGCUGCAUUGCCUAGAGGCGUACUUGUCCGUGUGCCAUCGCGCUCUGCUCUACUAACUCGUUCAAUACAUGUCUCGCCCAUUGCUCAAAAGAAAAAGUCGCGAACGGCAGCCAUUGAGGAAGAUGACCUCUUUGCAGACGACCUUUUCUCUGAAGACCUGGUUUCCGAUACCUCCAGUGUUGCUCCGAAAAGCCAAGCUGCGCCCACCACCACCACCACUACCACCACCACCAGCGCGUCUUCGACUACCUCCACCACCGAGACUGUUUCCAAACCAAAAUGGGUCCGUCGCAGAAAAGCCAAAUUGGAACCCUCUACCCGACAGCAGCGUUUUGAAGCACACCUCGCAUAUAUCACCCCACGCCUUGGGCGUACGCCGGAGGUUGCGAACCCGCGCAUCCGCAAGCGCCUGCUCAUAACACUCGCGCAGCUCGCGAAGACCGAGGAAGAACUCACGAAGGUGUCGAAUUUGCUUCCUGGUUAUCAUGCCGCGGGGCUUGAGGUCCCUGAAGGGUACGCGGAGGUGUUUGCGCGCCGUUGCCAGGAGCUCACCUGCCCGCGCCUAGCACUUGACGUCUUUGGAAACUUCCCGCGGUACCAACUCGCACUCACUAUUCCGGCAGGUCAAUACCUUGUCCAGUCUCUCGCCGUGCACGAUCCCAAGCAGCUUCCUAUCGCUCUUGCCCUGUUCAGCGCGUACAAGCUGCCUCCUCUGGCUGAAGACCUGACGACAGCUGCCAUCGUCGCUGGCGCUUUCGCAAACGUCAAGUCCAAGUCCAAGAAGAACACUGAAAAGGCCCCGGUACUACGCGCCCUCGUCGAGGAUUUGCGCGCCCCCAUUGCCCAGUUGCUCGAGCGCACGAAGCAGGAGACGGAGGCAGCUGCGCAGAAAGCUUCCAAAGCUGCUGCUGCUGCCACCGCUGCGGCAUAUAAACAGGCAAAGCGCCAGCCAGACAACCAGGCCACCCGCAGAACCCUGAGCAGCGCAAAGCGACGAGCUAGGGCAAUGCGGGCUACCCCGCCCGAAACGGCGAAGAAGAUGAACUGGGUUGCGUGGUCUCUGCAUCGCGCAAAUAAGGCAUACGUUUCGAAGGCGGUGGCUGGCGGCCAGCCGUUUGUCGAUCCGGCACUGGUGCCAGCGGGCAAUAGGGCUAUUGCACGCUCAGUGGCUAAGGCGUAG